AAAUAAUCAAGAAAAAACCAAGUAACCCAGUCGAUCGUCACCUCAGUUUAUCGACGACACUCGAACGGCUUACGAAUAAUAAAAAAGAACUGAAACAGAUCUCAGAACUCACCAAUAUAAUCCUCAAUCGAUCUUGAGGUAUUUAAGUCGUGUUCUAUAAACAUUGGUACAACCCUCGCGGAAGUAUUUUAUAAAAGAUUCAUAGAAAAUCAUUAGAAAUUUAUUUGUUCGAACAAUCGGUUGCAUUAGCUUUGUGAGAAUUUUCUAAUUCUUCUUCGUAAUUGUGAUUGUCGCGCGGCGGUGGUUGAAUUGGAUAUUUAAAAAAUUUAUUUUAAAUAAAAUAUUUUUGUUUUUUUAAUCUGAAUGUUAUAGUGCUUGAAGUUCAUUUAACGUUGGAUUGCAGUGGACAUAGAAAAAUAUACAAAAUACCGACAAAAGGAAAACGCGUGUAGUUUAUUUUUUUUUUGCAAGAAGAACGCUCCAACGACGACGACGACGACGAAAACGAAGAUCAUGGGGAGGCACAGCAGAAACGUGAUCGUGUCAACUGUUGGUGCAACAAUAUCCAGCAGUUUUCUGGUACUGAUACCACUUUUACUACAGACCUUUACGAAUGUGUUACCACUUGUGGCGGGACAUGGACGACUAAUGGAUCCACCAGCACGCAACGCUAUGUGGCGAUUUGGUUAUCCAAAUCCGGUCAACUACAAUGACAACGAGCUCUUUUGCGGUGGUUAUGCGGUACAAUGGGAACAAAAUGCUGGACGAUGUGGAGUAUGUGGUGAUGCGUAUCAUAUGAAGUCACCGCGCCCCCACGAAGCCGGUGGAGAAUUCGCCAAGGGAAUCAUCUCCCGAUACUACACAGCCGGACAGGAAAUCGAAGUUGAAGUUGAAUUAACCGCAAACCAUUAUGGCCGUUUUGAGAUGUUCCUCUGUCCCAAUAAUAAUCCUCGUUAUGAAGCUUCACAAGAAUGUUUCGAUCGGUAUCCAUUGUUUAUUUCUGGUACUCGAGAACAUCGUUUCCUCAUACCUAGUGAAGCUAAGAAAAAGGACAUCUUCCGUUAUCGAGUAAGGCUACCAGCUUAUGUCACAUGCACACAAUGUGUUUUACAAUGGACUUAUUAUACUGGUAAUAUGUGGGGAACUUGUGCUAAUGGUACCGAAGCGGUUGGUUGUGGACGUGCUGAAACCUUCCGAAAUUGUGCUGAUAUUGCGAUAGUCUCCAAUACUGGAGGUGGUCUUCCACCGGCAUUUGUUAAUAACAAAUCACCAUAUCUUCUUUAUUACAAAGAUUAUCGUGCACCACUUGAUAAUAAUGUUUUUCCACUCAUUGUUCGAGACCAAAUGUGUUUACCAUCACCGGCAUUCCGUGCACUUCCUGGUAUGCGUGGUUGGUGUGAGAAUAAUUGCUUGAGGUAUCCUCCAAAUUGUCCCGAAAGCGCUUGUCAUUGUCCGCAAACUUGUGAAGCUAUUGGUGAAUUGGCGGGUCGCGAAGGUGCUGAUACAUAUUGUUUGGAUAAUUGUCUUAAUUUCCGAUCAAAAUGUCCUACAGAUAGAUGUCGCUGUUAUUAGAAAAAAGUAUUGAAAUUGUCGACAAAAUGCUUGCUAAAUUAAAUAGAAACAAAUUUAAAGCUGUGCUAAGAGGUUACUGCCAUACAAAAUGUUGUAUAAAUAUUUUUUCUUUAAGAAAAUAAACAAAUUGAAUUAA